UUCUGCUUCACUUCAAGUAAGAAUACAUGUUCAUUUUAACAGUUCCAUACAUAUCCAAAACCAAAAUUGUUAAUCAAUUAUAAAUAAUAAUUACAAAUUCAGAAGUGCAGGUACUUAAAGAAAAUCUCAUUUCACAAAGGAUUUUAAUAAAUGCUGACAAUAUUUCUGAAUUGUUAUGGCGUUUAACGACGUACAGAUCCUAUUAAAUAUUUAUUUGCUUCAUUAAUUUAUUUAAAGUGUGAUUGUCUUAAAGAAAUGCAUUAAUUGCUCUGAGCGCCGAGCACUUUCUUUUAAUGACAGAUGAUGUAACAAACCAUUGCCGACAUAUAUAUGACAGCUGUUAUUAUUGCCAUCAGUUCAGCGCCAUGAUGUGUACCCGUACAUUCACGCUGAUUCUUGGACUAUUUUACACCACCAACAGAGUAUAUUCGAAUCACAUCACCUUAUGGAAGAGAAACGAAAAAUUUGAUGAUAAAAUAUUUGCGAACCAACUUAAUGUCACUGAAGAACCUCUGCACGCUAUGUCUGCGAUAUCUUGCGGACGACUGUGUUCCAAUCUCCCGAAGUCCUCGGCUUUUUCCUAUCAAAACAAUGGCUGCUACUGUUACAACAGCAAACCAACGAACAAUCAUCCAGUAACAAUUCUGAAAGGAGCUGAGUUUUAUUCUAAAGAGCCGAUUGCAAAAUCUAUUGAGUGUGCGCACAAAAUUUACACAUACCUUAGUGACGUCAAUCUCUGCUUGAAGGAUUAUACCGAUCUGAGGAAUUUCACAGACGCUGCCGAUAAAUGCCAGUCAGACGGGGCCGAUCUCAUAACGAUAGACACUGCUGAAAAACUCCAGGUGUUUCCGGGACUUCUUUCCAUCAAUCGUUACUACUGGAUUGGGUUGGAAAUGAAAGACGGCUGGAAAUGGACUCGUAACAGCUCAUUGGUAUUUAAUGAAAGUCUGUGGUUUCCUGGGGAACCUAACUCCCGAAAACAACUUUGCGGAUCUUUCUUAUACCGAUAUGUCGAUGAAGUUUUAACGACGGGUAUUUUUGAUAACUUGUGUUCAUCAGAAUCAAUGUAUAUCUGCGAAUUGUAAACUGUUAAUUCAAUUCGUGUAUAUCAUAAUGACAUUGUGAUACAUUUAUUGUAUAUUCGUAACAAGUCCAGACAAGAGAGAAUAUAGUACAUUUUUUUAGUGUAUACCAUAAAACCUUAAUUGUCCUAGCAUUGAAAAGUCAUGAGAAUUCACACAAAGUAUCAUGAACCAGUAAAUAAUGAAAUAAUAUGCAUGUUUACUGUUUUCAAAGGAAAAUUAUAACGUCAGCUUCAGGAUUAUCGUUUUUCGGGAAGAUUGACAUUUUCUCAUAGCCUUCAAAGAGGAAUAUGUAUGUAGACCUGUCGAACACAAUGAAAUGAGAAUAUCUUUAUAUGAAAACACAAGAUAAUUAUAUCAUCUGAAUUUGGUUGUAGCGACUGCUGUAGACAUAUUUACCAUUUGAAAAACUAAGGAGAAAUCUGUGUCUUUUGCUAACUUUGAAAGAAAAACGGGAUGUGUAACUACGUUAGGAGGGAAAUUAAUACCGAUUUUUAUCGUCUAGUAUUCUUGUGUAAAUCAAAAUAUCUAGUACAUUAAUUAAAUAUACAUUUUAGUUUCAUGAUAUAUUCAAAAGCUACUCAAAAAGGAUGAAAUAGUAAAAUAAUACAGAAACUAAUACUUCCUAUUUAUCUUUCAUAUAUUUUUUGAUGUGCGACAAAGUAAACCUUAGUUUCUGUAUACAAGUACAUGCAUCAUUACCACGUGCUCUACAAAUGAUCACACAUAAACUAACAAAGAUUUAUAGCAAGUUGCUUCGAAGACAAGAAAUUUAUCGACCAUUUUGAUGCACGACACUGUGAAAUUUUGUUGGUUAAACAU